GAAAAGUAGUUUUUAAAUGAUUUUUUUAAAGCAAUUUGACCAUACUUCCUGGAUCUUUCAUUGCUGUUUCCUCCAGCUUCAUCAUCCUCAGCAGCAUCCAUCAUGGCGUCAGAGUCGAGCUCUAAGCCUCAAACAUCACGCCUUGCAACUUAAUUAUUUAAAAUUUAUGAUGAAAUCUGUAUAAACUAACUUUUCUGCCAUUUUUACUGAUGUGCUUAACUCUUUUGCCUCUUGUGAUGUCAUCGACACAAAGGAGAAUCCUGUUUUUUGGGGGGAGGGGGAAGGGGAGGGUUUCCCUCCUGUGGGUUUUUUAGAACCUCACAUUUCCAGAAAUCGUGAAGUUGAAAUCCAAAGCUGCGCUACGCAGCUGUGUUUUCACUUUGUGUGAAUUUAUUAGGGAUUACUGAAAUCCUCCCUGAAUUGCAUCUUUAAAAGGUCUGAAAAGCGCGCAGGGAAGCUGAGAUGUUUGCGUUAAUCAAGUUCCUCCGCGGGACAAACACUCAUCCCGAGUAUGAAUAUUAGAUGGAAGCGGGAGUUUAGUUUGAGAGUAAAUGUUUACCGUCCUGUUUGGACAAACUUGUUUGUGUGAUGGCUGGGAUUGCUAAUGUUGAAUUUGAAGGUAAACUGAGAGUAAGUGCCUCCUCCUCCUCCUCCUCCUCCUCCUCCUCCUGUGGAUCCUCUCCGGCUUUAUUUGCUCCAUAUGGUCUUUGACAUGGUACCCGGGAAGAAGGGAGGAAAAAAAAAAAGGAAAAACCGCGUGUGGGCGGAGGAAAAGCCUAGUAUUUUGUCCGUCCUGAAAUUUGAUUCAGAAGUUCAGGAUCCUGGAAGACAAAAAGCAAACCGAGGGGGAGGGAAGGACGGAGGAGUAAAUCCACACUCUACGAUCUCUGACUCAAGUUGGACGCUUUCCUGGUUUUCGUCUGGACCUCAGCUCGCUCCUCUCAGCCUGCGUGACUAUGAGCACCUCGGGGCUUCAGGCCACUGACAGGCAGAACGUGAAGGAGCUCGACACCGUGAAGGAGUCCAUCAGUGACAUCAUCAACCAGCUGCAGGACAUCGACCCCGCCCGGCUCUCCUUCUCGCCCUUCCUGGACCUGGACACCCAGAUCUCCCUGGCGCCGGUGUCGGACAGCCCGGAGUCGUCUGUGGAGGAGCUCCGCUCGGCCUCCCAUUCGGCCUCCGGCUCCCAGCGCUCCCUGGAGCCGCCGCCAGCAGCAAUGGCGCAGUCGAGGAGCUCUGCUCGGUGCCACCAGCAGCCCACCGCCACCCCCACACCACACAGUGGAGCAAAUCAGACAGAGCAGCAGGAGGAGCCGGAUCAAACUCUUUCCAGUCCCAUCAUCACUUCGCACAGUUUGGACACAGCCACGGAAAACUGCAUGAGCCCCCCUCCGCCGGCCUCUCAGGGCGACAUUCCCAACGGCACAAACACGCCAAGAUGGAGCCCAGAAUCCACCACUGUGGAGAGCCCGGCGGACGAGGGCCGACCCCUGAUAGGGCCGCCACGGGAGAGCGUGGAGUUGGCCCUGUGGAGCGCAGAGGGGCUCGGAGAGACUGACGGGGACGGAGGGGAGGCGUCGGAUCAGGGGAGGUGCUGCUGCCGGUGUAAAUGCAGCCAGAGCGGCCGUCUCCCCGCCAUCCUUUCCGUCCUGGCCUCGCUUCUGUGUGCAGCCGGGAUGCUCUAUGCACUCUAUUUCUAUGUCCCUAUCAGACCCCCAGACUGCCCGGACGUAAGCUGCCGCAUCAUUUUCACCUUCUGCUGCUGCGCGGUGGCAGCGCUCCCCAUGGUGCUCGCCAUGUUGGUUGGUGCGGCGUGCCAGUUAUGCUCCGGGUCCCUGCAUCUGCAAGAUCCGACUGAUCGAAGACACGCUGUGCAGCAGCUGUUUGUCUCAUCGUCCCUGGAGCAGCUGCUGCUCUACGUGCUCAACCUGGUGGUGAUGGCCGCCCUGCUGCCGCAGGAGCAGCUGAAGCUGGUGCCCAUUCUGGUGGUCAUGUUCAUCAUUGGCAGGCUUGUUUUCUGGUUCAGCCUGAACACGUGCGGCUCCUGGAGAGGCUUCGGUUCUGGUCUGACCUCCUUCCCGCUCCUCGCCGUGGUCGCUCUCAAUCUGUUCCUCAUGUACAAUCUCAAUCUCAAACAGCCCCUUUUUGGCCCUCAGGACGCCCUGUAUAAUCAGGUCACCCCGUCCUCCUGGUCGGGGGAGACAUCACAGAGCCCGAGCGGCAAACCAGACGUCCUGCCCACAGACAUCCUGGACGCUCAGUGAGAGGGAGAGCUGCGCUUUCUUCUCCGAGAGGAGGCCAUCCUCCCAGAAAUAGGCCAUUCCUGUGGUCUGCUGCUCAGCAGAGCUACACCCGCCGCCGCUGUAACCUCCAACUAUGUGACGGCUUUUACUUGUUGCUCCUCCUGUGUGCAGCCCUUUUUCAUGUGGUUUUGUGCUUUAUUAUCUGAAAUGCAAGCGCUCUGCCUGGCUGUGGCCGAGGAUGCCUUUGAACAAUGCUGUACACGUAAAACUUUUGUCUUUUUAAGCUGUUCCAAUGCCUAUAUUUAAGCAGAAGCUCUGCCCUGUGCGCGGCUGGAUUUGUUUCACCGCAAAGCAGCUGCAGUUGUCAGAUUUUACUACUUUGACUUUACAGAGGGUUUGUACAGGACAGAAUAAAAACCAUUUGUAAGAAAAAAACCCCACA